UACAUAGUACAUAAAGAAAUUUAUGCUAACUGGGCACAAAUUGUUUCCUAAAGGUUUCUUCUCAAAGAAGCAUUUUCCUAUACAUAGAUUGUUACAAUGAAAAAAUAUCCAAGGUUAUUCGUACAAACUAAUGUUUCAAAAAGACCACUUCUGUAUUCCGAAAUGUACUCGGCCAGUAAAAUUAUUAUUUGUGUGUAUAGUGUGUUUAUCGAACUAAAACAAGUUUUUACUGAUGACAAAUACCUGAGCAGCAUUCACCCAAGUCCGAAUAAACUUCGUCAGAGAUGUACAGCGAUUUGCUAUUUUCCACUUGAAUUUCAAGGGGAAUAUAAAAUGCAAACGGUUUCCAAUUUGUAUGGGAAUGUUCAAUAUAGUACAUUAAAUAUUACAGCUACAUCGAUACCCAUUUGGGGUAAUUGCCACGAAAGAAGGGGAAGCAAUUUUGUUUUGAUAUUAGAUUAUGGCGUUAACAAAUGCAUACGAUGUCUUCAUUUGAAAAUGAGAUCCAAAAAUAUAAUGCAAGUAUUUACAACAGGUCAAGAAACAAUUUCGAAAUGUUACGUCAAUGAAGAAUCGGCAAUUAACAACUGCCCAACUACAGAAUUUGUGCAGAACUCAUUAAACUCAGAAAUAUUACUGUUUAAAACUAAAGACGCUGCAGGUACUUCAACCCGAACCGAAUAUUGUCCUUUGGAUGGUAAAUUUUCGGUCAAUUAUAAAAGUGUAGAUAAAAAUUACACUUUAGAAUGUAAAGAGAACGAAUCGACCCUUGACUCGUGUCCUUUUGGUUCUCAUUUAAAUUUUAGAUUUCGCCAGUGCAACGUGAAUGAUUUCGACGUGUCUUUUGAGUGCUUGGGGCACUGGAAGGGACCAAAUGGGGAAAAUUAUUUAGCUCUAACUGAUAAAAGACAAACAAAUAAUCCAAAAGCUGUUCAAUACAAAUGUGCUUUGUAUACUCGUAAUGAGCUUGAAGGAACAAUAAACAUGCAAUUUAGGAAAGAUUCGGCUUGUCCAACACCAACGAAAUCUGAUAAUUCCGAUUUCAUAUACGAACAUCUAAGUUUGAAGCCCCUAAUCGAGGAUAACUGGCCACCUGAAGUGUCUUAUGGACAAUGCAAUUUUCCGCAAUGGAUGGGAGGAACUUGGGAACAUGUCAAAAUCUUUGACAACACUUUAGUUUAUAAAGAUCGAUCGACGUUUAAAACUUUUACAAUUAAAUGUAUGGGAGUCUUAGAUGAUGACGAUAACAAAUAUUUAAUAUUCAGCAGGAAUCAGUGCGGCGAGGAGCAGUACAACUGCAUGAAAAUUCAAAAGAGAAGCGACAAUAUUAUGGAAUUGCAACUUGGGAAGACGUUUAGUAAAACAAUUGACGCCUAUGGCCUGUGUAACUCAGACAAUUUCGAAGAAGGUGCCUGGAUUACACAGGGAAGGGUCGAUGAAAAAGUGGAUGUUGCCUGUCCAAUAUCGGGGGAAUACACUGGAUUGAUUCCCAACACUGAUGACCUUUGUGCCAAACUGUGGUCAGACUGUAGAGUACCUGAUGUCAUGUAUUACCAAGUGUCCAGUUGCGAAACGAAUGAAAUUUACGAAGAAAGGGAGUACACCUGCCUGGGCCACUGGCAAGAAAACAACUUACUCUACACUUACACCCAAAGAAAAGACGUAAGUGAUGGUUCCUACGAAUGCUUCGUCGGGUCAAUAAUGAACAACAAAGAAACGAUAUCAAUUAGAGAAGCAGGAGAAGACUGUCGAAGAAGUGUCGACCAAGAGAUUUACGAAAUGAAACUCAAAAAACAGGGACUCUAUUCUUGCAUAGGUAAUACAUCAUGUACAGGGUGUUUGUUCUGUAUAUUUUCUAUGAAAGUUACUACUGUUGGUACCAGGCGCGGCGGAAGACUUAUUGUGACUAGCAAAUUUCACGCUCGAAAAUAUUUCUAGUGCGAAAUUAUCAUAAAAUGAACAUAGAAACGCGGAAACUGUUAACACCGUCAGAUUCUACGUACUUUUUUACAUAAUUGUGACUUCUUAAACCUUAGUAAACACCUUCCAUCUCGUAAUAAUUUUACGAGCGCUUUUUAAUGCUUCAUUUCAUAUAUUUUAGCAACAAUAAUGCUGGAGAAUAUAAAAGCGCUCGUGAAAUUAUAACGAGACGAAAGAUAUUUGAAAGUCUUUAAGAGGUGAAAAUUAUAUAAAAAAGUACGUAGAAUCUCAUGGUGUUAACAGUUUUCGAGUGCGGUGUCAGAUAGGUACUCAUCGGAACUAUUUCGCCAAAAUAUACAAAAUAAUUGAAACAUAAAAAAGCGCUCGUGAAAUUACUACGAGAUGGAAGGUAUUCACCAAGGUUUAAUAAGUCACAUUUACGUAAAAAAGUACGUAGAAUCUGAUGGUAUCAACAGUUUUCGAGUACGGUGUCAAAUGGGUACUCAUUUAUGCUAUUUUCGGUGAAAUAUAUCAAAUAACUGAAACAUUAAAAACCGCACCCGAAAACUGUUAACGCCAUGAGAUUCUACGUACUUUUUUACAUAAUUAUCACUUCUUAGAGCUUAAUAAAUAUCUUCCAUCUCGUAAUAAUUUCACGAGCGCUUUUUUAUG